AUGCAGGACGCCUGGACUGCUCGCAAAGCUGAGGAGAUCCAAGGCUACGCGGACCGCAACGAAUGGAAGAACUUCUUUUUUGAGAUCAAUGCUGUCUACGGUCCGCCGACGAAGGGCACUGCUCCUAUCCUCAGCGCCGACGGCAACACUCUCCUGACUGAGAAGACGCAAAUCCUACAGCGAUGAGCCGAGCAUUUUCCAGGCGUCCUCAACCGCCCCUCCGUCAUCUCCAACGCCGCCAUCGAGCGUUUGCCGCAAGUGGAGACCAACGUGGACCUCGACCUCCCGCCAUCUCUCCAGGAGACCAUUAGGGCCGUGCAGCAGCUCUCCAGCGGGAAAGCACCCGGAUCGGACGCAAUCCCUGUCGAGGUAUACAAGCACGGAGGCCCCCAACUGAUGGAUCACCUGACUGCGCUCUUCCAAGAGAUGUGGCGUCAAGGCAAAGUCCCACAUGAUUUCAAAGACGCAACCAUCGUGCAUCUCUACAAGCGCAAAGGGAAUCGCCAAGUCUGCGACAAUCACAGCGGCAUCUACCUGCUGAACAUCACCUGGAAAAUCUCUGCUCGCAUCCUUCUCAACCGCCUCAAUAACCAUCUGGAACAGACCCUUCUGCCGGAAAGCCAAUGCGGCUUCCGUCGUAAUCGUGGGACCACGGAUAUGAUCUUCGCCGCCCGUCAACUUCAGGAGAAGUGUCAGGAGAUGCGGACCCACCUGUAUUCUACCUUCUUGGACCUGACGAAAGCCUUUGACACGGUGAAUCGUGAAGGACUGUGGAAGAUCAUGCAGAAAUUCGGCUGUCCGGAGCGAUUCACUCAGAUGGUGCGUCAGCGGCACGACGGUAUGGUGGCGCGAGUCACGGACAACGGAGCUGUCUCAGAGGCAUUGGCAGUGACCAACGGAGUGAAGCAGGGAUGCGUACUGGCGCCUACCCUCUCCAGUCUUAUGUUCCCUGCCAUGCUGAUGGACGCCUACCGCGACGAAUGCCCCGGGAUCCGCAUCGCCUACAGGACGGACGGUCACCUGCUAAAUCAACGACGGAUGCACUUCCAAUCGCGCGUAUCCACAACCACCGUUCACGAACUCCUCUUCGCCGACGACUGCGCCCUAAACACCACCUUGGAAGAGGAGAUGCAACGGAGCAUGGACCUGUUCUCCGCCGCCUGGGAGAAAUUCGGUCUGGUUAUCAACACGCAGAAGACGGUGGUGAUGCAUCAACCGCCACCCAACUCAGCCACAGCCCCCAACGCGCCGCCACAAAUCGGCGUGAACGGAACCCAACUGCAAGUGGUGGAGAACUUUCCGUACCUGGGCAGUACUCUCUCCCGCAACACCAAGGUCGACGACGAAGUCGCCAAAAGGACCUCGAAAUCCAGUCAAGCGGAGACUUGGACGGUGUACACAAAGCAGGCACGCCGUCCGAACCACUUUCACCUCAGUUGUCUUCGCCGCAUCCUGAGGCUGAACUGGCAGGAUCGCAUCCCCGACACUGAUGUGCUGGAACGGACGGGAAUCCUCAGCAUCUGCGUCAUACUGAGACAAAUGCAUCUGCGUUGGAGCGGCCACCUGGUGAGCAUGGACGACGAGCAACUUCUCAAACGACUCUUCUACGGAGAUGUCGCGACGGGUUCUCGCCGUCAAGGAGGCCAGAUUCGGCGUUACAAGGAUACCCUGAAGUCCUCCCUGAAGCGCCUGCAAAUCUCGCACUCGAUCGACCGACCUGGAGGAGGACAGUGAAGACAGACGCUGCGAUCUACGAAGCCAAUCGCAUCGCUGCCGCCAAAGCGAAACGCGAAGCCCGCAAAUCACAACUUCGCUUAGUACGCAACGCCGCCGCACAACCGCUUCCAACGUGUCCUCGAUGUCAACGGACAUUCCGGGCUCGAAUCGGACUUGUUGGUCAUCUUCGGAUCAACUGUGCCUCUCAAACUGCACCAAACAUCGUCCCCUCGCCCGCUUCUUCCUCUUCUUCCUCCUCUCCGCCGCCAAAUAACUCUGACAAUUCUUCUGAACCACCGCUUCCAUCCUCCUCCUCCUCCUCCUUCUCGUCCACAGCUCCAACGACAGCCCCUCAGGCGACUGUCCCGCGCGCAACAAUAGACACUACCACCACCUUCCCCGACUCCAGCGAUGAGGAUCAGGACUACACCUGCCCUCACUGCGACCGCACCUUCACCUCACGCAUCGGCCUGGUCGGUCACUUGCGAAGCCAUCGCACAGAGACUGGCGAACCAGUGCCUGAAGCACCAACCUAUACCCACCACGCUCGACUCAACUGCCCACACUGCCCUCGCACCUUCAGGCAUCGCAUGGGCCUUUUCGGCCACAUGCGCAUCCACGAGAGCGGCCUUGACCGCACUCCCGACACACCCACCACAUCCAACACAUCCACCGUGCACACCCUCACCCUCGCUCCAUCCGUCUGCGCCACCACCACCACCGCCUCCUCUGUAGCUGACACUGACACCGCCGACUUCUCAUGCUCACACUGUCCACGCACAUUCACCUCACGCAUCGGCCUGGUCGGUCACUUGCGAAUCCAUCGCACAGAGACUGCCGAACCAGUGCCUGAAGCACCCACCUAUACCCACAAAGCUCGUCUCAACUGCCCACAUUGCCCUCGCACUUUCAGGCAUCGCAUGGGCCUAUUCGGCCACAUAGGCAUCCACGACGACCUGCGGUAG